UUGCGAUCAUAAUAAUAACAAAAGCGUCGCGGCUGAGUUUUGUUAUCAAAUAUUUGUGUAUAGUUUUCGCGCGAUUCCCGAAAACGCGGCGAUUUGUUGUGAUGUGGAAAACGUGAUUUCGUAAGCAAUUCUCCAAGGAUGGGCGACAUAAGGGCCGGCCUCGAAGAAUUAAAACUUGACGGGGCCCUGUUUGCCGAUGUUAAAUACUACGUCAGCGGCGAAGGUGAUCCCAAGAUUUUAAAUUUACUACAAGAGGGUGGUGCAGAGAGAUCGAAUUAUUUUAGUGAUUUUGUUACACAUUUAAUAGCAGGCUAUGACGCAUUGGAGAAUGAUAUAUCUGCUGCAAAGGAUAUCUAUGAAAUACCAGCAGUUACGCAGAGCUGGAUUUUGUACUCUGUUAAAUGCAGCAAACUUCUACCGCCACACUAUUUUUCCCCUGAAAAUACACAAUUAUUUUCGAAUAUACGAGCAUGUGUAUCUCAGGUAAGCCGCGCCGACAGUAAAAGUCUGUGGGCAAUGAUCGCAUUGCAAGGUGGUAAAUGUCAAUUACGUUUAGACCGAUAUUGUACGCACUUAAUUACUGGAAAAGCUGCUGGCUUGAAAUACGAGACUGCUGCUAGGCAUCCCAUUCAAAUAGUAACACCAGACUGGAUAACAGAAUGUUGUAGAAAAGGAACUAUUGUCAGCGAAGUGGAAUAUCACCCUAGACUUUUAGUUUACCCGAAUAGUUCCACAGCUAUGAUCACUGGUUUUAUGGACGAAGACACAGAAAGCAAUACCGCGCAAGAAGAACAGGACAGAACUAAAGCCAUGUUGGAGCAACUUAAACAACGUAUGCCCUGGAAUCAACCGAGUCCACCUGUAUCUUCCAAUACAUCUCAUAGUAUCAAUACAGCCAAUGUAACCGUAACAACAAUUCCCUAUCCAACAAAUGGACAGAAUACUGUUAACGCGCAACAGCAGCAUCUUUCACGUUCAAUUGCAACCACAAGUUUGUCUAACACUUCCACAAUCGUAUCUUCUGUAUCUGAUCAAAACGUGACGCAAACUGGUUGGCUACCUCAAGCCUCUCAACAAAACAACGUUGCACAAUUGAAAUCUGUCUCGCAAAUACAGCAACCGGAAAUAUCUCCACAACAACAGCAACAACAACAAAUGAAUAUUCAACACUCAUUAUUACAACAGCAGCAGCAACAACAACAACAACAACAACAACUAAACCAACAGCAGCAACUGUCACAGCUCACCCAACAUCCACAAUUGCAACAACAAACGUACGCCCAGCAACAGCUCUUGAAUCAACAACAGUCCCCUCAGUUAACAUCGCAACAACAAUUAAUAGGGGCGCAACAACAGUCACUCGCGCAGCAGUCAUUAAUGCCACAACAACAACAACAAAUAAAUUCACAAUUAUCUCAGCAUCAAUUGUCGUCUCCCCAACAACUGCUGUCACAACAACAAAAGCAAUUGAAUCAACACCAGAUACUUUCUCAGCAACAGUUGAAUCAGCAACAACAUUUGUCUCAGCAGCAGCAGAUCACUUCCCAACAGCAGCUAGUUCAACAACAAGUGCAAUUAACGACACAGCAACAAAUAGUCCUCCAGCAACAGCUACCCGCGCAACAGCAACAAAUCGGAACGCAACAGCAAUUAAAUCAACAACAAGCUACGACGCAACAACUCACAACCGAACAGAGACAGAUAAUAUUGCUACAGCAGCAACAACAACAACAACAGAAAAUCCAGCAAAUUUCUCAACAGCUGCAGCAAUCAGCACCCCAAAGUGCCCAACAGUUCGUUAUAAGGGAUGGUCAGUUGCAGCAACAGCCUCAAAAUCAACAAAUAAUGGGACCCAAUCAGCAAGGCUUCAUCGUGCAAAGAGACUCGCAAUGGCAACAGCAGCAGUAUCAUCUACAGUUACAAAGACAACAGCAGCAACAGCAAGUGGGCCCUCAAAGGCCGAGUGGACAGUGGACGCAACAACCACCCCAACCACCGAGACAAUUGAUCCAAUUGGAUGCUCAAACGCACCAGCAGUUGCAGCAAAUGGACCCGCAACAAAGAGCUCAGUUCAUCCAGAAGAUUCAGAAACAGAAGAACUUGAUACUCCAGAGGCAGAUGCAAAAUCGCCAAGCUCAGCAAGGUGCGCAUAUCGCCGUUAUCAGAAGUCCAGGGAAGCCUGUGCAGCCUGGUGGGUUGCAGUGGGUCCAACAACCGCGGCCGCAAAUGAUAGGGCCACAGAUUGCCCAGACACCCAGCCAAAAGCCAGUGCAUCCUGUGGUUCAGCCUCCAGCUCUAGCGCCAUUAAAUACUGCCAAUCCAGUGAUCGUACAAACAGGACAAACCGUGCAAGGACCUCAAACGCCCCAGACUGCCCAAACGUUCCAGCAGGGCCAACCUUUAACGCCUCAGCAUAUAGCACAGUUGCACAUGCAGAAGCAGCAGAUGGCGAGAUUGCAACAGCUGCAACAUCUACAGCAACAACAGCAGCAGCAGCAACAACAACAACAACAACAACAGCAGCAGCAACAGCAAGGUGCUCAGCAAGAUCCACCCCUGACGUCAUUGUCCAACAACGUUCAAAUACCGCCUGAUCAGCAGUUGGUCGUCAACGCGAAAACGAAAACUGCCUUGGCGAACAUGCUGACGAACAGACUGCAAGGUAGCGCGGCAGAAGGCAGCGCAGCUGGUCAGCUGAGACUAAUGACCGCCCAACACAGACCGCCGCCCCCGCCGUCGCAGGAUCCUCAACUUCUCGCGGCUUACCAGCGGAGGACCGUAGGAAACAUCACUAACGGGGCGACACCAGGGGCGCCGAUCAAGAUGCAAUACGCUUCGCUGAUGACUCAAGCUAAAGCUCAGUUCUACGGGCACAAUCCGAAUCUAAAACUGCCACCAGAUCUAUUUUUGCUAGGUUGUAUUUUUGUUAUCGUUGAGUACGACGUGCAGCAUCCGAACGACGUCACGAUAUGGAAGCAAGUGAUCGAGAGGCACGGGGGAGAGGUCGAGCCCCAGUAUUGCACAAGGGCGACCCACGUGCUGGCGAUCACGCAGAAACAUCCAACCGUGGUGCAGGCGUUACGCGAAGGGAAGCGCUGUGUCAGCGCUCACUGGCUGUCGGACGUUGUCAGUAAACAACAAGUGCUACCGCCGUGGCACGCGUUGCAUUUCCCAACGCCUUUCAGCCUAACGGAGCUGCCAUGCGCGAAGCAGAUCGUCUCCUUGUCUGGAUUCGAGGGCGAGGAACGCGCCAAAGUGAAGUUCAUGCUGGAAGCUUUGGGGGCGAAGGUCACCAAUUACUUAACCAGGCACAACACACUCCUCGUUUGCAGAAGACCGGACGGUCAGAAAUAUAAAAAGGCGCGGGAAUGGCAAACUGGGGUAGUGAACGCUCAGUUGUUGACGGACCUAUUGUGCGGCCAGAUGAACGCUCUCCAUCAGACCGAAAACCCAAAAUAUCAGCAAUACAGCCUGAGCAAUCCCUUUAGAUUGGAUUAUUCGCUAGUGCCUCAUUUAAUGGCUGCGUGGAAGAUGCCAAUAAACAUUACGCAGGAGUCUUACGACAAAGUAAAGCAAGUUGGUCAGGGUCCAAAUUCGAUAAGAAAGUAUAAAAAGCCGCGAUUAGACGGGCCGUUGUUAAACAAGGACCCACAUUUGUUGGGUCUGGACGAGCCUAUAGUCGUCAGUAAUCCCGACCCUCCGCCUCCGGAUAAACAACCGAGAAUAUUGUUCUCUGGUAUCAAUCCUAGAAAUCAUGCGAAGAGAAUUCGGGAAUUAGGUGGUGCGCUGGCAGCCAGUUGGCGGGACGCUACUCACCUCGUGAUGUCAGCGCCGAUAAGAACUGUAAAAUUUUUGUGUUGCCUGUCACGUUGUAAAUAUAUUGUCACGUUACAGUGGCUACUCGAUUGUUCUGCAAGGAACACGUUCUUAGAUGAAAGUGGAUACAUGCUUGGCGAUCCAGAAUUCGAAAAGAGUUUUAAUUUUAAUAUCGAGAAGGCUCUGGCGAGCUGUAACCGGGGAACAGUACUUAAGGGUAAAAUAUUUUAUGUCACACCGAGUGUGGUGCCAUCGCCUUCGGCAAUCGCAGAAAUUAUCGAGAGCGCGGGCGGAUCGUUGGAAAAAACGCGGAGAUCCGUCGCGCAGAUCCAAGAAAUGAAUAGUAAUAAAUUAACUUAUGUCAUCGUCACUCACGAAAAUGAUAUUCAUCUUCUUUCCGACGUUUUACGUGCAAAGAUCAAUCACUGUAAUAUCUGCGUUGCUUUUAUGGAUCGACUCGAUGUCAUGUUAACUCUCAAACCAAACGUUUUCUAUAGAAAUACAUCGAUCGUAAAUACUUCUGUAUUCAAAUUGAUCCGAUUUUCAAGAUCAUCUGAAGAUCAACAUAUCUUGCGUGGUUCUUCCCUUGUGUGUUCACUGCAGAAAUCGUGUUAAGAGCAGUUGCACGACAAUACUUCCAACCUGAUGAGGUAUGAAUACAACGCAGUUCACUGUGUACUGCAUUUUACCCCUGAUGCGGGCUCACUAAAGUUUCUUUAGUCAGCUAUUUUGGACAUGAAAUUUUUGCUUACCUUCUUCGAUGGGACAAUAAAGAACAUAAUUUUAUGAUA